CCAGUUUACUGCGUCAGAUCAAAGCCAGGAUCAGCAUUCUCAUAUUUAAGCCCUUCGCCUUCCUCGCCGUCUCACUCACUCCGCUGCUCUCCUCUCCUCUGCUCUUCAAUCGCAUUCUAUAUCUCGAGCUCAGUUGCCAGAACCCAUGGCUUUACCUGGUCAACAAGCUGUCGAUUACCCAAACUUCAAGCUCGUCAUCGUUGGUGAUGGAGGCACUGGAAAGACAACUUUUGUGAAGAGGCAUCUUACUGGGGAGUUUGAGAAGAAAUAUGAGCCAACUAUUGGUGUGGAAGUUCAUCCUCUGGACUUCUUCACCAACUGUGGGAAAAUUCGAUUUUACUGUUGGGAUACUGCUGGCCAAGAAAAGUUCGGUGGUCUUAGAGAUGGUUACUAUAUCCAUGGACAAUGUGCCAUCAUCAUGUUUGAUGUCACUGCUCGUUUGACAUACAAGAAUGUCCCUACAUGGCAUCGUGAUCUGUGCCGGGUGUGUGAGAAUAUCCCGAUUGUUCUAUGCGGAAACAAGGUUGAUGUGAAGAACAGGCAGGUUAAGGCAAAGCAGGUGACAUUUCACAGGAAGAAGAAUCUACAAUACUAUGAGAUAUCGGCCAAGAGCAACUACAAUUUUGAGAAACCAUUUUUGUACCUUGCUCGUAAGCUUGCAGGGGACGCAAAUCUUCAUUUCGUGGAGUCUCCUGCUCUUGCUCCACCUGAAGUUCAGAUUGAUAUGGCAGCACAACAACAGCAUGAGCAGGAACUUGCAGCUGCUGCUAGUCAACCGUUGCCAGAUGACGAUGAUGAUACAUUUGAGUAGAGGUUUAUAAUUGUGGAGCGGCUUUUUUGUCUUGUUUUAGUUGGGCCUCUCUAUUCUGCCUUGCGCCAUCAUGUUCCCGUAUUUCUUAAUAUUGGUUAUUGAGAUACCAUUACUUUCCGAGUCAAUAUUGUGCUUUGUUUAUGAUGGAGCUUGUUGUUCUUGGUCUAUAAACGUUUGCUUGUGCAUGAAGUUUUGGUGUUUACAAUUACUGGGAUUGCAACGGAGGUGGGUUCUGUUUCUAGUGGGCUUGGACGAUAAUUUCAGUAUUGUUUGUGUCGCA